GUUGAAUAUCUACUAAGUAUUUCUGCAGAUGUUUUGAUAAGGCAGAAUGGAACAGGUUACACUCCAUUUAUGGAGGCAGCAAAACAAGGACAUGAAGCUGUUUUUAAUGCAUUUUUGGAUCAUGAUGUUGAUUUGGGAGUUUUAUCCAGUCAAGGUUACACUGCUAGAGACUUGGCAGAGCAAUGUAACUCUCAUGUAAUAGUGAAAAUGAUUGACAAUCAUCAAAUCAAGUCUCGAUAUAAAACAGAUUUGAGUUGUAUUGGCAAUACCAAACAACCACAUCAAAAGGUCAACCAGUGGCUAAAUGAUCAUAAUCCAGAUCAUUUUUAUGAUGAUAUUCUCACAAAUAAAUUUGAUGUAUGUGAAGACAUCAACUCACGACCAAUAAUGCCCUCAUGUGGAAUUCCAAUUUGUUCUCCUUACAAACAUUAUUCAGUUGAGGAAAGUUUGGGCAAAUCAUAUGGAGAUUCAACGAUUGUUGACUCUGAUAGAACACCAUUGGGUACGCCUGUAGACAGCAUGUUUCAACAGUAUAUGUCUGCUGAUCUUUUCUUCAUCGUUCUUCUUAUAAUCAUCCCACGCUGCAGACGUUUUAAAGGAUUUAGGCUUGGAGAAAUAUGUCAAAACAUUUAAAGAUGCACAUAUCGACUUUGAUUUACUACUUUCGUCAACGGAAGAAGAUUUUAAGGAGCUUGGAAUAGUGCUGGGUCCAAGACGUAAACUGAAAAUGGCCAUAGAUCAAUGGAAGGAGGACAAAGGAUGUACUAAAGAAAAGAAAUACACCACUUGUCUUGAAGUGAACGAUGUUAAAGUGCAAUUAGCAGAUGUUUAUUCUAAACUUGAACACAUAAAUGCAGAACUCGUGCAUGAGAAAGAAGCAAGGUCAUCACUCGAAGCUGAACUAAUGGAAGGAAGAGCGAGGAAAAAUCACAUGUAUUUCAUUGGAGAGAAAGUCAUAAGGGCCUGUAAAGAUAUGUUAAAUGUAGCCAGGGAUAUGAAAAAACAUGUUGAUGAACUAAAAUUAGUGGCAGCAGAUUGCAAAGAAGAUGAAGUAAAAUCAAAACUAAACGAACUAUUUAAACUUAUGAGUGAGAAUGUCGUCAAUACCAACUACACUACCGAAACAAUAUCACGAAGAGUGGAAAAGUUAUUAUCUGACGGCAUUAGCGAACAAUCAAGCAAUUCUGACUCACCAGAAUCGUCGUGUACUUCCUUUAGUAAAUCUGAAAGUGGUUCAGGGAAUGUCGAUUAGAAGGAUAAGUUAGCAUCAACUAUUUCUAUUUUGUUAUUUUCGAUGAAUUUCAUGAGGUGCAACGGCAGCGAUAUUGUUUAAUAACUUCAAGACUGAACAUUAUUAACAAAACCGUACAAUGAACAUAAAUAUACGUUUAUAUGUCCUCGUUGAAAAAAUCUGCUGCUUUUAUGUCUCGUAAAUUUUCGCUGUUUGAUGACAUAGUUGAAUCACGUUGAUAACUAGCCCAAUACCAAUACAUGAGAUGAUUUGUACAUAUGUCUUGAUUUGCUGUGGAUAUCUAUUGUUCAUUCGCAAUUACGAUGUACUUUGUUAUUUAAGAUAUUAUUUAGUAUCGUGUGUAAAUAAAUUACAAAAACAAAAUAAUAUCUAUAGUCCAUCAA